ACCUAGCCUAUGGCCUAUACCACAAUUCAGAAGCAAUAAAUUGAAGUGUAUGUGUUUGAUUGAAUUGAUAAAGUGAUAAUGAAGAUUGCUUGGUGGGUUGUAUGGGUGGGUUUAUUAUUAGUAGUGAAGAUUGAGGGAGGAAGAGUGAGGCAUUACAAGUUUGAUGUGGAGUAUAUGAUCAAAAAACCAGAUUGCUUGGAGCAUGUUGUGAUGGGAAUCAAUGGAAAGUUUCCAGGUCCAACCAUUAGAGCUCAAGUUGGUGACACUCUUCACAUUGCACUCACCAAUAAGCUCUCCACUGAGGGUACUGUUAUUCACUGGCAUGGAAUCAGACAGGUUGGGACUCCUUGGGCAGAUGGAACUGCUGCUAUCUCACAAUGUGCUAUAAAUCCAGGAGAAACUUUUCAUUAUAGAUUCAAAGUUGAUAAGGCGGGUACAUAUUUCUACCAUGGACAUUAUGGAAUGCAGAGAGCAGCGGGGUUGUAUGGUUCAUUGAUAGUGGAUUUAGCAAAGGGAGAAAAGGAGCCAUUCCAUUAUGAUGGUGAAUUCAACCUUCUCCUCAGUGAUUUAUGGCACACAAGCUCUCAUGAACAGGAGGUUGGCCUAUCUUCCAAUCCCUUCAGAUGGAUUGGUGAACCUCAGUCAGUGCUGAUAAAUGGAAGAGGACAGUUUAAUUGUUCCCUGGCAGCAAAAUUCAUAAACACAAGUCUGCCACAAUGUCAACUUAAGGGUGGUGAAGAAUGCGCACCUCAGAUUCUUCAUGUGGACCCAAACCACACCUACCGAAUCAGGAUUUCUAGUACUACUUCCUUAGCUUCCCUCAACUUCGCCAUUUCAAAUCACAAAGUGACGGUGGUGGAAGCUGACGGAAACUACGUGGAACCAUUCACGGUGGAUGACAUAGACAUCUAUUCCGGUGAGAGCUACUCAGUCCUCCUGACUACAGACCAAGAUCCCACCAAAAACUAUUGGCUUUCAGUCGGAGUCCGAGCAAGAAAGCCACCCAUCCCACAACAAGUCCUCACGGCUCUCACCCUUCUGAACUACAAAAACAUCUCUGCCUCCGUCUUUCCGGCCUCUCCGCCCCCUGUCACCCCGCGAUGGGAUGACUUCGAGCGGAGCAAGGCCUUCACAAAGAAAAUCAUAGCCAAUAAGAUGAUGACACCUCAGCCUCCGCGCUACUCCCACCGCAGGAUCGUGCUCUUGAACACGCAGAACAAGAUCCAAGGGUUCAUCAAAUGGGCCAUUAACAACGUCUCUUUAUCUUUGCCCACUACUCCAUACCUCGGAUCCAUGAAGUUCAAGCUCAACAACACCUUUGACAGAACCCCCCCGCCGGAGAACUUCCCCAGCGAUUACGACAUAUUCAACCCUCCGGUGAACGUAAACGCGACCACCGGCAACGGCGUGUACGUGUUCCGGCUGAAGGAGGUUGUGGAUGUGAUUCUACAGAAUGCGAACCAACUAACGGGGAAGGGAAGUGAGAUUCACCCAUGGCACCUGCAUGGGCAUGACUUCUGGGUUUUGGGGUACGGAGAAGGGAAGUUCAAAGCGGGGGAGGAUGAAAAGAGAUUCAACCUGACACACGCGCCGCUGAGGAACACGGCGGUUAUAUUCCCUUAUGGUUGGACUGCGUUGAGGUUCAAGGCAGAUAACCCUGGCGUUUGGGCCUUCCAUUGCCACAUUGAACCUCACUUGCACAUGGGUAUGGGUGUCAUUUUCGCUGAGGCUUUGCACAAGGUCAGGAAUAUUCCCUCACAGGCUCUCGCUUGCGGCCUUACUGCCAUCAAUGCCCGCCAUUAACAGGAAUGAUAGAAAACCAUCACAAUUUAUUAAUUUUGGUCAUGAAUUACUUAUUAAUGUUUAAAAAUAAGUGGAAACUCAGGUGCAAUCGACUUCAUACGAAGUUGAUAAUUGAAAGUUGUUAGAUGAUUUGAUUGAUUCGACUAAAUUUUCAUCUAACGGCUUUUAGCUAUCAACUUCACGUGAAAUCGACUAUACCUGAGUUUUCACUUUAAAAAUGUAGAUUAAACUAUGAUAGAAACUCAGCUGUUGCAUUUGACUUCAUGUAAAGUUGAGAACCGAAAACUCAUGUUUUCCACUAUUAAUUUUACCUAAAUUUAACUGCAUAUAAAUUUUCACCUUAAAAUAUAUUGUUAAAUUAUUAAACUAAAAAAAUUGAAUUAACUACGAAAAAAUAAGGGCCAAAAACAUCUUAUUUUCCUCUAGCAUUUUUGGUUGCCCCUCAUUUUGUCUUGGGGUUUUUUUUUGUUUAUAUUUAUUAUAAUGUGUGGGAUUGUUGGGCCGAUUGUCCAUG